AUGGCACUUGGCUACGGUUAUAGCUAUCCGGCAUUAGCUGCAAUUGUUAUUGGGUCAUAUAUUCUCUUCACCGGGGAUGGAGAAUACUUUAAUGUUGGGAAAUUUCUCGAAGAAACAUCACCUUAUAGUUGGGCGUCGGCUGGUAUCGGUCUUUGCAUUGGAUUGAGCGUUAUCGGAGCAGCAUGGGGAAUAUUCAUUACUGGCUCAAGCAUCCUAGGAGGUGGUGUUAGAGCACCGAGAAUCCGGACGAAAAAUCUCAUCUCUAUCAUCUUUUGUGAGGUUGUAGCUAUAUACGGCGUUAUUAUGAGUAUUGUCUUUAGCGCAAAAAUCACAUACAUACCGACAGAAGGUCUUUAUACACCCGAGAACUUUUAUACCGGCUAUGCAUUAUUCUGGGGCGGAGUUACCGUUGGGUUUUGCAACUUGAUAUGUGGUGUGGCUGUCGGGAUCACGGGAAGCACCGCUGCACUGGCUGACGCCGCUGACCCAACAUUAUUCGUUAAAAUCCUGGUUGUAGAGAUAUUCGGCGGUGUCUUAGGACUAUUCGGGUUGAUCGUUGGAUUGCUCGUUUCCGGGAAGGCAACGGAGUUUCAGAAAUAG